AUGUGGAUGCUGACAGCAAGAAGUGCACUUCCACCUAAAUAUAGAUUGGAGAGAUGCCAAAAAGUGAAAGGAAUAUGUACAACAUUUUGUGAUCAUGAUGAGUACGAUUACGGAUACUGCAUUAGAUGGAGAAAUCAGUGCUGCAUAUAAACUCUGGAAAACAGAAGUACUACUGAGCAUCAAAUCUGGAAGAGGAAUAUAUCUUAUUUAAUUCAGAGUAGGUGAAAAGAAAAUGUCUGCAAACUUUCAUGGAAAUAUGCACCUUAAAUUCUAAAUAUGUGUGUGUGUGUGUGUGUGUGUGUUUGUGUGUAUAAGUGUAUAUAUAUAUAUAUGUACCAAAAAAAUUUAGUCUCUAUUCAUUGGGGAUUUUGUAUUUCAGACAGGUGGACAUUAAUCAAACAGGAAACAGACUAAGUUUAUAAUCUCAAUAUCACCUCUUUACCACCCAGACCUUCGAAUUACUUAUCUGAGUUUCUUUACUCCCUUUCUAAUAAAAUGCGUAUGGUUGGAUUUUAAAAUUUGACUUUUUGGCUUAUGUAUGCACUAAAAAUCUUCCCCAUGAUCGAGGUACAGAGCACACUAAUUACCUCCAGAAGUUUCCU